AUGCGAGAUGUGAGUCCGUCGAGUCGAUGUGGGAGGACUUCCGGAACGGCGUUCACGAGCGAUUCGAGUCGAACGAGCUCAGUAGAGAGGACUGGUCACGCCGGCUGCAGCAGCAACUUCAGUCGACGCAUCAAUUCGCAGAGGAUCUUUCCGCCCGUUUGGACUCUCGCCAUGCGCAGUCCAAAGCGUGGGUGGAGGAGCUGCGAAGUGAAACUUUCAACCACAAGUACCAGCUGUCGUGGCUGA